ACAAAUAAUUUGAGUUAAAAUCAUGGGAGGACAUGGAUUACCGAUGCCAAAGGGGCCAAUGAAUAUUGAUCCUCUGAUGUGGACAAAAGGACUCAGCAGAUUCACUAAACACGCUCUCAAGCACGAUAAAGGGCUCUGGAUGAUCGUUGCUCCCACUAUCGCCUGCUUCGCCUACGCUUUUGGUAUGAUCGGCAAGAAGAUCCUCAACGAUCCUAACAUCAUCAUUCCUCUUCCCUGGGUGGAUCCCCAACGUUAUGAGAACAACUUCGACAGGGACGCCACUAAAAUGCUCAUGCCUUGGAACGUGACCCCCACAAUGAGAGACGGAUUUAAGGAUCGUUACAAGAACCUCAAGCGCCCAGAAGAUAUCGAAUAAAGAUAAAACUAUUGUCAUUGAGACUACAUGGAUUGUUAAUAGGAGUCAGGAGUUGAUCAUUUAAAUUAUUUUGUACAUUGUGUUCAC